CUAAGUGGUCAUCAAAGUAACCACUGCGCCAGCUCUACCUCCACAUCUGGGAAUCUUAAUCACCGAGAAAUAUGCAAGUUGUUUUCAAAUUAUAUGUUUUACUUGUUAGUGACAGAGCCCAGUAUGUUCCCGGUUCAUCACAUGAUGACAUCUUGAAAGUCAUUCAGGGAGUACAUUCCAGCGUUUCGACGCAAUGGAAGUGGCCAGAUGAAAAGGGAUUCACAGAAACAUCCGUUCUAAGUCUGGACAAGAUAUUGAACAAAGAAAAAAUGGAUGUGGAAAUGUUAUUGAGAAAAAUAAACCCAGAUAUGGACAAGUUAGUCUUUGGAGAGAUGGACAAACUAAUGAGCGCUGAACAGAAGGAAGCCUUAAUGGAUGAGUUUUCUAGGGUAACUGCUGCAUGUUAUCUAUCCAGAGAAUUGCUCAAGCAUCCCACUCCAUGGGAGUUAAUCAGCAAAGUAUGGGUAGAAAUAGUAUGCUAUGCCGCUAUUAAUUGCAAACCAAUUGUGCAUGCAAGGCAAGGCAAGCAAGCAGAUGGGGACAACUUCUCACUUUCGUUUGGAUAUUGAUGAAUCUCUUGGGAUUAACUCGUCCAAAGGAAUGGCUCACAGCAGAAGGGAUAGAAUACGAUUUUUGACUACCAGAUCACCUCAGCGACUCUCAUGAAACCGUAAGUUUUCCCUUUUUUUUUUUUUCUUUUCUAUGUUAAUCCUGCAAUUCGACUUGGGUGUGCUUCGGAACUGACUUCUUGAUUGUCUAUUGUUUAGUGCAAUGUAUUCUAUAUCAUAAGGUUGUGUUAGUGUUUGGAAACUUGUAUUUCAAAUUUAUGUAAUCCAGAACUGAGUCAACCCCAAAGCAUUUCCCCUUUAUAAAUCUAAUUAUGUCUA